UCUACAGUUGAAACUUGAAAGUCUACAGUCUUCGCUUCUUAAAAUCUCUAGAGUUUGGAGUUUAGGUGGUUCAGUACUAUUGUACGAAGUACGAAUUACUACGAAAACGGAAUGGAGAAUCGGAGAUACAGAUUGUCGUGAAGUGAAUCGUUGUAUCAUGUUCUUUGAGUUCAGUGAUUUAUUGAUGAAUCACAUGACAAAAUGAUUGAACUUUCUGAUGAAAAUGAAAAAAUGAUAAGUGAUACAACAUUAAUUGAAAACAAUCUUAAAGAAAAAACAUCAUUGGUAAGCAAUUUAAAAAAUGAAUUGAAUGAACUUAAAAUACAAUACAACAAACUUGAAGAACAUAACCAGGCUUAUAAAGAACAAAUUUGUUAUACCUAUGAUAUUGAUUCAGAGUUGAGAAACGGUAAAAGAAAUAUUAUGAACGAAAUUAAUCUUCUUGAACCUGGAAAAAUUACUUGUGUUCUUACUGAUCAUAAUUUGUCAAAUUUAUUGGAUAUAUUUGUCAGCCUUAUAAUGACUAAAGAACAACAAAUUGUAACUGACUUAGUUAAUGACCACAAUAAAGUCAAACGACUAUAUGAAGAUCAAAUCAAACAGUUCCAAGAAGACAUAAAAAAAGGAAAAGAAUGGCAAGAACUAGUUGAAAAUGAUAAUGAAAAACUUAGCCUUGAAUUUGAAAAUCUCAAAUCUCAAAAACACAACUUCCCUUGUAGAGAAUUAAAAAUAAAAGAAUUGACAGAAAAAGUUUUGGAAGCAGAGAAUUUAUCUUUUAAUUAUCUAAACGAGUUAAAAGAAUUAAAGACCCAAUUGACCAAAACAAGUAAACACAAUUAUCAGUCAUUGUCCGAUGAAUUUGAAACAUUUAAGACUAGUUCAGAGCUGUCUAUACAAGAUUUGAAAAACAAACUUGAAAACAUAACCAAACAAUACAACGAAUCAUUAGUUAUGUACAAAGAUCAAAAAGAUUGUUGUUAUAGUCUGGAAGAUAAAAUAGAAAAAAUUCAAUCAGAAUGUGUUUGUCUAAAAUUGGUUAUUGACAAAAAAGAUAAAGAUAUUAAAAACUUACUUGGUGGAUUUCAAUUGAAGACAAAUGAGUAUGAAACAAUGAUUGAAAAAUAUAGCUUACAAAAAGAAGAAACGAAAAUUCAUCAUGAAAAGAUAAUUAAUGAACUUGAGUUGGAUGUAAGUAAUAUCAAACAUCAGAUGUAUUGUACAGAAAAUGUGCUAAAAGAAAUAAAAAAAAAUGACGGUGAAUAUGAGUUUAUGUUAGAAGAAGUAAAGAGUAAAGACAAUAAGAUAGCAGAACUUUUGACUCAAUUGGAUAGGCUUAAGCAAAAAAUUGUAUUAUUAACAGAAGAAAGAGAUUUUUUGAAACACAAAAGUGAACAAUUUAAAAAUUUUAAAGAUGAUGUCAAAAAAUUAAAUGAAGAAAUAUUUGGAUAUGAACAAAACAUAUCUAACCUAAGAAAAGACAAAGGUCACCUUAUUAUACAACAUGAUAAAGAACUGAAAAAAUUGAAAAAUGAAUUGAAUCAAGUUCAAACUAAAAACUCAGAACUAUCAAAUGAGUACAGUAAAUUAUCAGAGACUGCAAAAAUUUUGGAAAAAUCAUUAAAAGAAGACAUACAACAAUUAAAUAGCUGUAUUGUGGAUAAGAAUGCAAAAAUAUCCACAUUAGAACUGUUUUCCAAAACUAACACUGACGAUCUCAAAAAGAAGAAUCAGGAAUUGGAAAAUAUAUUUAAAAGGGCAAGAGACGAGAAUAAUGCGUUGCUCAGAGACUUGUGCCGUUUGAAAGAAAUUACAAAUGUGACUAGAGUGGACCAAUUCACUCAAACUGCUGAAGAACAGAGCUUAGUGAGUAGUGCAAUAGUGGCCGACCACAAAAGCAUGAUUGAAAAAAAUGCUAAAUUUGAGAAGGAUAGUAAAAUGAUGAAAAUUAUAUUACAUAUUAAUAAAGCUAAAAUUGGAUUACUUGAAAAAAAACUAAAUGAGCGACAUGGUUGAAUUUGAUUUAAAAUCUGUAUUGCCUAACCCUGUAGUUAAAUAUUUAUAUUUAUAAUUUGUAUAUACACUAAUUUGUUUAUAAGAUAAUAUUACAAUUCAAUGUGCAUUUGUAUAACUGUUUAUUUUAAGUACCUAUUGAAUUAUAUUUUGUUUUAUAUUAUAAUAUAAUAUUAUACAACUUGAACUGUAA